AUGCCUGCUGAUUAUUACGAAACCCUCGGCGUCGCCAACGGCGCAAACGACGAAGAAAUACGCCGGGCCUUCCGCAAGAAGGCGAUGGAAUUUCAUCCCGACCGGAAUAAAACACCGGGCGCUGAGGACAAAUUUAAAGAGAUCAAUGAAGCCUACCAGGUACUGGGCGACCAGGAAAAACGCGCCCGGUACGACCGGUUCGGCCAUGCCGGCGUGAACGGGGGAGGCGACCGUCCCUUCGACGGAUUCGAUCCCUUUGGCGGGUUUGGCGACAUAUUCGAUACGUUCUUUGGCGGCAGCGGGCGGACGGCCGCUCAACCGCGUGCCGGGGAAGACAUCAGCCAACAGGUUAUGUUGACGUUCGAGGAGGCCGUGUUUGGCUGCGAGCGGGACGUAGAAAUCACCCGGACCGAAGCCUGCCACCAUUGCUCAGGGGCGGGGAAUGAGCCGGGAACUGCGGUAAACAUGUGCAGCACGUGCAACGGCGCCGGCCAGGUGCGGCGAGCGCAGCGGAGCGUGUUCGGACAGUUUGCCGUCACUACCGCUUGCCCCACCUGCAGCGGUACGGGUCGUACGUUUGAGACGCCCUGCUCCAAUUGUCGCGCCAGGGGGUUUGAACGUCGGCGACGUACCCGAACCGUUACGGUGCCCGCUGGAGUCGAUGAGGGGAUGCAGGUUCGGAUAACCGGCGAAGGUGGGGCCGGCAGCAAGGGGGGACCGCCCGGCAAUCUGUAUGUUCAGGUGAGGGUGCAGGAUCAUCCGUUGUUCGACAGGCAGGAUUUUGAUCUGUUGCACCGCGUUUCGAUCAACGUGGCCGAGGCUGCGUUGGGUGUGACCAAGCCGGUGCCGACGCUGGAAGGGGACCCGGUGGAUCUGGAGAUUCCCGCUGGCACGCAGGGCGGGAGUUUUUUCCGGGUCCGGGGACGCGGAGUACCGCAUCUGCGACGGAACGGGCGGCCCACCGAACGCCGGGGGGAUAUCAGGGUGCUGGUGGACGUGGACGUUCCCGAGAAGCUGAACCGGUAUCAGCGGCAGUUGCUGGAAGACCUGGAGUAUUCGUUCUCCAAUAACGGCAAGGCUCGUCCGGCAGCGAAAAAACCGGCAGCUGGCAGAAAGCGGGGCAGCAAGUCGGCAAACGGCAGGAAUCCGCGGAACAAGGUUGAUGAUGAGGAACCGGCUCCGGACCCGGUGGAAACCGAAACGUCUGAACCGGAACGUGACGCCGACGCCGAGAGCGGUGAUGAUAAGCAGCGUGGUUUGUUCGACCGCCUGAAAGAUUCGUUCUCGCCCACCAGCGACUGA